CUAUAGCUGUCUAUAUGCCAAAGCAGCUGUGAUUAGUUCCAAUGCUUUUCAGCUUGCUCUGACUUGUGCAAGCAUUGCUUUCUUCAAGUGUUGUUUUCCAAGAUCUUGAAGAGAAUGACAACAGAGCGAUACGUCAUUGGAGUAGAUGGUGGCACUGAAAGCUUACGAGCGGCUGUCUUUGACGCUUCAGGCCGCAUUCUGGGCUCCUGCGCCUCGCCCUACCCCACCACCUACCCGCAACCCGGCUGGGCGGAGCAGGACCCGGAGGACUGGUGGGCGGCGCUGGGCUGUGCGGUGCGCGGCGCAGUGGCGGCUGCGGGGGUGGUUCCGGAGGCGGUGGCGGCGCUGUGCUGCGACACCACCUGCUGCACCGUGGUGGCGCUGGGGGCGGGUGAGGACUGAGCAGGCGGGCAGGGGCAGACGGCUGCCCGCUGCGCCCCGCGCUGCUGUGGAUGGACAUGCGCAGUGCGGAUCAGGCGGCCCGGGUGGCCGCUCUGCAGGACGCCGCGCUCAGGGUCAACAGCGGCGGCUCCCCCCCGCGUGUGUCCGCCGAGUGGAUGCUGCCCAAGGCGCUGUGGCUGGCGGAGCGGGAGCCCCACCUGUACGACACCGCCGCCACCAUCUGCGAGUACCAGGACUUCCUGAACCUGCGACUGACGGGGGUCCGCUGCGGCGCCGCCAACAACAUGGCGGUGCGCUGGCACUGCUCCACACAGCAGGGCCCCCCGCUCUCCCUGCUCUCCCAACUUGGCCUCUCCUCCCUCGCCGCCAAGUGGCCCACCUCCUCCUCCUCCUCCUCCUCCUCCGCCCCGCUGCUGCCCGGUCAGCUGGUGGGCGGCCUCACCCCCGCCGCCGCCGCCCACUUGGGCCUGCUGCCCGGCACCCCGGUGGCGCAGGGCGGGGCGGAUGCGUUCAUCGGCAUGCUGGGACUGGGGGUGGUGGCGCCGGGGCAGAUGGCGCUGCUGACGGGCUCCUCCCACCUGCAGCUGGGGGUGGUGGGCUCCGAGCUGCACGGCCCCGGCUUCUUCGGCACCUACCGGGACGCGGUGCUGCCGGGCUGCCAUGUGAUUGAGGGAGGGCAGACCUCCACGGGAAGCGUGCUGGCGUGGUUCAGGCGCACCUGCUGCGCCCCCGGCACCCCCUACUCCGAGCUGGAUGCGGAGGCGGCUGCGGUGCCCCCCGGCUGCGAGGGACUCACCGCUCUGGACCACUUCCAGGGCAACCGCACGCCGCACACCGACGCCCUCUCCCGCGGCGUCCUGGCGGGCCUCACACUCAAGCACGGCAGGGGCCACGUGUUCCGAGCGCUCAUGGAGUCCGUGGCAGCGGGCACCGCCGUCAUCCUGCGCACCAUGCGAGCGGCCGGCUACACCCCCGAGUGCAUCACGCUGGCGGGCGGGGCGGCCCGAAGCGAGCUGUGGCUGCAGAUUCACGCCGACAUGACAGGACUGCCGCUGAGGCUCACCAGGUGCGCCGACGCCCCCAUGCUGGGCUGCGCCAUCCUGGCGGCGGUGGCGGCGGGCAUGUACGACAGCGUGCCUUCCGCCGCCGCCGCAAUGGUGGCGGUGGAGCGGGAGGUGCGACCCGACCCCGCCGCAGUGGCCGCCUACCGAGCGCCCCUGGCCCGCUACGCAGCGCUGUACCCCGCCCUUGCGCCCAUCUUCCAUGGGAAGUACGACAAUGGGGGGCAGUACGACAAUGAGGGGCAGAACGACAGGGCUAGUGAUGGUGGCGAGGCGGGAGCGGGAGUAGCACGUGAGGGAGUUGCGAAUGGGUUACCACCAACACCAGCCGCAGCAGCAGUAACCGUAGCAGCAGUAGUACCUUCCUCAACGCUGGUUGGAGGCGCCGGCGUUGUUUCCAGAAACAGCGCUACAUGCACGAUAUCCAUCGACCCCCAUGACAGCACCCCCAACCCCAACCCCAGCCUCAGCAUCCCUGCCAGCCUCAGCACCCCCAGCCCCAGCAGCAGGGACAUCAUCAUAGCUCCCAGCAUCCUAGCAGCCGACUUUGCCAACCUAGGGGCCGCAGUGGCUGCCGCAGCCGCUGCGGGUGCCCCCUGGCUCCACCUCGACGUGUUUGACGGCUCCUGGGCCGCCUGCGACAACUUCAGCAUAGGGCCCCCGGUGGUGGCGGCGCUGAGGCGGGUGGCGGGCGGAGGCCUGUUCCUGGAUUGCCACCUGGGCCUGAUGGCUCCAGGUCGCUAUGUGGAGCGGCUGGCGGCUGCGGGGGCUGACGGCAUCACCUUCCACUGGGAGGUACUGCAAGGGGGCCAGGGAGGCCAGCAGGACGAGCAGCGGCAGGGGCAGCAGGAGGCGGAGUCGGAAGGCGGCAGGCAGGGAGGGACGGCAAGCUCCAUUGCUGCUGCUGCUACGACGGCGGUUGCGGUGCGGCAGCUGGCGGGCCGCAUUCGGAGUGCUGGCAUGCGGGCGGGGGUGGCGCUGGCGCCGGACACGGCGCUGCCGGAGGAGCUAGUGGAGCUGGCUGCGCAGGGGCAUGUGGACAUGGUGCUGGUCAUGACGGUGCCCCCCGGGUUCGGUGGCCAGACCUUCCGCCCCGCAGCGCUGGAGAAGGUGGCGCGGCUGAGGGCCGCAUGCCCGCAGCUGCUGGUACAGGUGGACGGAGGUAUUAACCCCGCCACAGCCCGCCAGGCGGCUGCUGCGGGGGCGGAUGUGAUGGUGGCGGGGAGCUUCCUGUACGGGCACCCGCAGGGUGUGGCUGAGGGCAUGGAGGAACUCCGAUCGGCACUGAAACAAGCGGCGGUUGAGACCAACGGCCCAAGCGAGUCCUAGCAGCGCCUGGGAGCUGUGCCGGAGACAGAUCAAGCUAGCCGCCAGGGCUUCGGACUGAUUGGAACGCGACGCAUUCCUGUGAAACGACAAUUAGUGGAGCCGGCCAGCGCCAAGAUUCGAUGCCUAAGAUGUGAUAUUAGGCUUUGCUGGUGCAGCAGCCAGAUAGAUACUCGGAAGGCCUCCUUCAAGUGCUCACCGCACCAAUCAAAAGUCAUUCCGUAGUAGUUGUGUAGUUGCGCAUCAGGUGGCGUAGUUUUGUGCUUCGACUGGCAUGCAACAUGACACCGCAGUUAGGGCCGCAACUGGUUCAAUUGUUUGGGUAGCGUUGCCUCCCACCUGCGCCUGGAAGGCUUUUGGUGCCUUCGGCUCGAGCGCCAACGGUGAUGCUGAUGAUGAUGAUGAUGUAAAUUACCCUGUCCGGCA